UCGGUAUCAAAUCGGACCUUUAUCAAGGAUUAAUGAUUUCACAGGAAUCGAGUCAUCACAACAAAAUACAUCAAUCUGUUUCACCGAAUGCUUCUUUUAAAAUGAUCGCACAUAUAGUUUUAUUGCUUCACUUAUAUAUUAUUAUUUACUAUAGUAUUUAUUUUAUUUUGGUCAUUCAUCAAAAUAAUUUCCUUCUAGAGUGAUACAAUCAGUCCAACGUCGCUUUAAAAUUUCGAUGCCUUUUUGCAAUUCUGGAAAAUAUUUAUCAUUUUGUAAUUCUAGAAACAAUUUGUAAUGUAGCAAAAAUGAUAAAUUUGAACUCCGCCGUUUACUACAUCAUUGCAGGAGAGUGGGGGUUCGCGCGUAAACUGCCAAAUGACAGGUAGGUACUUGAAGGGAAAAAUUCAGGUACAUAUUUAAAUUCUAUUCGUAUGGUUCGAUGAGUGAAGUUGAUCAUAUUUUUCUUGAAGUUGAAGUUGGAAAUGAACUUUUGUGUCCUGUGAAAACAAAUUUGUCUUUGGAAAUUUCGAAAAUGUCUUGCUGGGAAACAUUCAUCCUACCAACGAAGAUAGCACUGUCCACCGUUGAAAAACUUGAGUACUGCCAAGAGGACGACCUUCAAAAAUUGGUGGUGAUAGAAAACCUAAUGAAACAAAAUGAGAGUGUCCAGAGACGUGUAGAAGACAUCAGAUAUUAUGCCAGUACUGAAUCGAAAAACAUCAUCGAUUCAAACGAAAAAUUGGCGAUUCUAACAAAAAAAUUGAAUAAUGCCCGAAUUAUAAAGCAAAUUUUGGAAAAUACCGCCCGGGGGACCAAAAGUAAAAAAUCAUCGGACAUGGAAAUCGCGAAGUUAUGUGGAAUCAACAGAAUGAAAAGGAAUAACAGAUAUUGCAAAUUCAAACAACCUCUAUCACCCCUUGCCGUUCACGCAAAUACACAUUUGCACCGCGGAAUCAAGAGAAAAAGAAAUGAAUAGUUCCCUGAUUCAUGAAAAUUCUUGUAAAUAAUUGUAUAUAUCUAAAACGACCAAAAUCUCGAAGAAGAAUGGGAUCAGCAAACCGAAAAUUUCCAUUAAUUUAACAAAGGUGGCAAUUUCCACUUUAGAAACCUUAAAAGCAGGAAAUUUGAGAAAUGUGGUUGUUGUCGGAAACUUCAUUGAAAAUAAGGCGAGUCUGCUGAAAGAGCUAAAAAAUUUAUCAAGCCCACCGAACAGUUCAGCAACGAAGAAAAAGUCUCCAGGCCUUCUCAAAGAAAAA